GACAGCUUUGCGUAACGGCUGGGGCGGCUGACGGACGAUGGCCACCCAGGAGCAUCCCGUCAGCCACCUGUUUGUCGGCAGCCGAGGGCAUCUGCCCGAUAUCGUCACGGCGGCCCGCCGCAGAGCCACAUCGCGGCGCAUCCGGGAUGCUUUCACCAUAGCCGAGCUGCGCAACCGCCUCGCCAAGUCACUGAGCCGUGAUGGGGACGGCAUCAACACCCCACAGCUGCAGCUGCUGCGGUUCGACCCAUCGCUGGGCAUGGGUGACCUCAUGGCGGCGGUGUGGAUAGCCGAGGAGGGCGGGCGGUGGGAUGAGACGGGGGAGGUGCUGCAGCUGGCCAGCCAGUGUGGCUACUGUCAGCUGCCCCUCAACCUCACGGCCGAUGACAUCAACACACACGCCAGCAAGACGGUAAGGUACGCACACAGAUGGGGGCGGGAGGGAACAAACAGGCCUCAUCCAUUCCUCUCUCUGUGUCUGUGUCUGUGUGUGUGGUGUGGUGUGGUGUGGUGUGGUGUGAUGUGGUGUAGGCGUAUGGAUCGGUAGCUCGUGUGUUGGCGCAGCUGAUGCUGGUCGGCCGCCACAUCGACUUCGGUGACGGCAGCCGCCUGCAGAUCGUCCGUCAUGGCGACGGUGAGGUGCGGGCCAUCAAGGACGAGCCCGACUUCGAGCUGGGCGUCGACCCGCCCCUCGCUGCCCACCAUCUGUAUCAGCGGCACCGACAGCAGCAUGACCCACCAGUGGCCAGCCGCAUCUUCUACCUGGGCGCCACCGGCAGAUGGGUGUCGGGCGGCGACCCCUACGCCGAUGCCUCAGUGUCGUCGUUGGCCAAGCACAUAGUCCUCAGCCACUUCUACCUGACUCACCAGACCAAUGACACAUCGAUAUCACUCAACAGGUAACGACACGUCAAUGGCACCAGUGGUUGCGUAUGUGAUUGUGCGUGUGUGUGUGGUUGGUUCAGGCGUGUUGGUGGCGGCCGUCUGGAUGGCCUCCUCAUCCAGUCGCCCCACACACCGGUGACCGGAUGCACCACCACUCUCAGCUCGGACGAUUGUGUGCGAGGUCUGAUGCUCACCGACAGCAGCCACCCCUUCGUCGCGUGGAUUACCAUAUCGGUUGCGGGCCUCGGCACCGGUCAGGCCGACAGACAGGCAGCUUCGCUGCUGUCAAGUUAUCAGUGUUAUCUGUCUGUCACUGUCUGCAGUGGUGGUUUUUGUUCGGACCACCGAGGCGCCUGUGCGGGAGAGUGGUGCCUUCAAGGACCGCUUCCCAGUGACCACUCAGCUGGCCCGUGUGGCGCUGGGACGAGUGGCGCCAUACGUCUUCGACGGCCAAGUAGACGAUGACAUUGACGAUGAUGACGGUGCGGUCAGGGGAGGGAGGGACACACACACAUUGUGGCAAUGGAUGGAUGGCUUCUCUGUCUGUCUUUGUGUGUGGUGUAGAUUCCGACGGCCAUGGCGGCGGCUGGGAUGAUAUGGAUGACGACAGCGACGGAGAGGACAGCGGAGGUACACACACGAGGGGAAGGGACACACACAGCCGACGACAGAUGGACCCACACCGACCCGUAUCACAUUCAGGUUUGUGUGUGUGUCUGCAUGACAGGUGACAAUGCAUCUGAAGCCGAGGAGGAGAAUGCUGACUGAUAUCACUCAAUCAACGCUGCGGCACCACAGGUACUCACACACACCAGACAGUGGGCCAGAGUCUUCUAUCUUUAUGUAUUGUCCUGUCUGUGUGUGUGUGUGUUGGCAGGGUGUCUGGAGUGCUCUCUGUGGCUGCUGGCUGCCCCGAAUCCACUCAUGCCUGUCUGUGGUAGAGAGAGAUCGUAUACCGCCCACUCUGUAGAGAGACCAGCUGCUGACACAUGACUGCCCCAAUGGCUGUGGGUGGGCGACCUGUCUGCAUUGCCCCGUCCAGCCUCUCUGCACCUCCCUCCCUCCCUCCCUCUCUCUCUCUGCGUUGAUGUCUACCUCUCCUGCUGCCUGGCUGCUUGGCUGGGGGGGGGGGGGG